AUGGCGUACCUCCAGAGCAAGGGAAAGAACAUCAGCAUCUUCCUUACAAGUCGGCAUGAGCUCGAUAUCCAGGAUGUACUCGCUUCGUUCGAACUCAUUCAGAUGGAAGCAUGGACAAGAGAGAUCGAUGAAGACAUCAAAACGUACAUCGACCACAGACUGCACACCGACCGAAGUUUGUUACGACUGAAACACUCUGUGAGAGACGAGAUCAGUGUAUGCCUACACAAAAGAUCUUCUGGGAUUCUUGAUCAAGUGUCUGCACUUCGUACCGUCCGCGACAUCCGGUCCACUCUCCAGCACCUCCCACAGGAGCUCGGGCAGAUCUACGAAAGCAUAUUAAUGAGAGUCUCAGCCGCUGAUACACCCAUCGUUCGCAAGGUCCUACUCUGGCUCUCGUUUACGGUGUUACCAGUCACACUAGAGGAGCUUCACUCUGCUAUCGCUAUUGAACAGGACUGCGAAGAGCUGGAUGAAGACUCGUGCCUCAGCAGCGCAGAAGAAAUUAUUGCUGUUUGCGGUAGUCUGAUCACAGUCUCAACGAACGGGCCAGGCCAUGUUCGUCUCGCUCACCUUUCUGUAAAGGACUAUCUGCUUUCGGAAGACAUUCGCAACGGUCCUGCAACAGCCUUCGCACUCGAUCGAACGGCAAGCUAUCGCGAACUUGCGCUGGACUGUCUUACCUAUCUCUCUUUCCGGAGCUUCCAGAGCGGCCCUUCAACAUCUGGGGACGAAUUCGCCGCACGUUUGGCAAAGUACCCCUUCCUACGCCAUGCGACCACAUCCUGGACAUACUACCUACGGGCAGCUGAAAUCCCAGAGAAAGCAUCAAUCCAACUUGACGAAAAGGUCCUUGCAUUCUUUUCUCCGUCCAAUCACGAAGCGUUCAUGUCCUGGAUUCAAACUUUGAACGCCGGGUCUUCCUCGGCUGGCAGCAGUUGGUCUUCGUACCCAAAGCAUGCAACCGCUUUGUACUACGCAGCAUCUUUCGGGUUGCUACACGUAUGUCAGCAUAUCAUCCAUCAAGGAGUAGACUUGAAUGUUCCAGGAAGUCGAUACGGAGGUACCGCGCUGCAUGGAGCCGUGUGUCGUGACCAAUUGUCGGUCAUUCGCGCACUGUUAGAGGCGGGUGCGGACGUCAACAAGUGUGAUUUUGACAAAGUUACUCCACUGCAUACUGCUUCAGCAGAAGGCUAUGUGGACUGCGUGAAGCUGCUGUUACAGUAUGGGGCGAGCAAAGAUGCUUUAGACAGGGGUGGAGAGAAGCCCAUUGAUUGGGCCAGGAAUGCGGAGCAAGAUGACUGUCGGGAUGUACUCGAUGCAAAUCUUGUAGAGAUUGCAGAGCCCGUAGCUGGUGAGGACGAGGCGAAGAUGUGGACUGGAUGGAAGGGGACAUACAUUCCUGUUUGGUCCUCGCGAGUAUAA